AUGGAAUUUUCUACCAGAUAUUUUCUCCUAGCCGUGUUCUAUAUGAUCUGCCUGGUGGGAUUCACAGUAAAUAUGAUUAUGGUGGCGGCUAACCUCAUGAAAUGGAAAAACCUGAGAUCUCUCCCGACCUAUAAUAAGAUCCUCAGCUCUUUGGCGUCCUCCAGAGCUUUAGAUUUUCUGACUUUCAUUAUAAAUAACUCCAUCAAUGUAUUUUUUCCAUGGCUAUUGAAAAACAAUGUUGUGAUGUUAACCUUAAAUAUGGAGAUUAUGUUCGUCUUCUGCAGCAGUCUCUGGUUGGCCACCCUCCUCUGUGUCUUCUACUGUGUGAAGAUUGUGACCUACAACUAUAAACUCUUCAUCUUCCUGAAGACCCGGAUCUCCACCAUGGUCCCGUGGUUGAUUCUGUCCUCUCUGCUGAUCUCACUGAUCUCCAGCCUUAUAUAUGCUUGGUACAGUUAUGACCUAAAGCUACAGAAUUUAUCCAAUGGUUCUACUGGAAAUAUGGCUGGGUAUGAACUUGUUGCAGUCCCAAACUAUAAUAACAAGUUCUUGCUUUUUUCUCUAGGCAGCAUUCCUCCAUUUCUUAUAUUAUGUGUCUCCAUCUCCUUGUUGAUUCAUUUCCUCCUCAUUCACACCAGACGGAUGAGGAGCAAUGAGUCACAUACCCAGAGCCCAAACCUAAAAUCUCACUUUGGUGCUUUGAAAAGUAUGAGCUUAUUUUUGGUGCUACAGAUAAUGUAUGUUAUAUUUCUGAUCACAUACAAUUCUCAUACAUUUCUAUAUGUAAAGCAUUCCGCUCAGAUUUCUUCUCUAAUACCCUGUAGCCUCCAGUUGCUCCAUUCUCUCUACAUGAUCUCUUCCAGCAGUGAGGUGAAGAAGAUGUUUCCCUCAGCACUCUGCUUCUCUCGGUGA